UAUCGGCUACAACGAGGACCAAGUGGUUUCUGUCAACGUGUCUACAAACCCUCAGCGCAAGGUAGACAUCACAGAGGAAUUCGAUGGUACAGAGGUUGCCUUCUCCUACAGUGUUGAAUGGGUGGCACGAUCUGAUCUCCAAUGGGGUGCACGCAUGUCACGCUAUCAUGAUUCUCGGUUUCUCCCUGGAACGUUCGAAAUCCACUGGUUAUCCAUCAUCAAUUCCUUUGUCCUGGUGCUCCUGCUCACUGCAUUUCUUACGAUCAUCAUGAUGCGAGUAUUGAAGAAUGACUUCUCACGAUACAUGGAAGUAGAGGAGGAUGAGAUCGGGGAGGAGGAGACCGGUUGGAAGUUGAUAAAUGGUGAUGUCUUUCGAUUUCCUCCCCUAUGUAGUUGUCUUUCCGCUCUCAUCGGCGCUGGUGCCCACCUAUUCUGCGUAACAUUCCUUCUCCUGAUAUGCGCCAUCACGAAUUGUUUUGUGCCCACCAAACGAGGAGCAAUUCUGACCGCCAUGAUUAUCCUUUAUGCGUGCACAGCUCCUGUUGGUGGUUUCGUCUCUGGCCGUCUAUUCCGUCAGCUUGGUGGAGACGCCUGGCUUGCAAAUGCCCUCUUCGCUGCGCUUGUCUUCCCAGUCCCUCUUGCACUUGUAUUCGUGUGGGUGAACUCUGUUGCACUAGCCCACGGGUCUUCUGCUGCACUCCCCGCGGUUGCCGUGAUUAUUGUUGUCGCCCUAUACGGCUUAGUCGCGUUCCCCUUCACGCUUGGUGGUGCUAUUCUUGGCCGCCAAAUUUCUACAGACUUUCAUGCACCAUGCCGCACAACGCGCUUGCCCCGCGAAAUCCCUCCGGAGAUGCCCUGGUAUCGCCUGCCUCCUGCCCAAAUGUUCAUGGCUGGUUUCUUGCCUUUCAGCGCCAUUUACAUCGAACUUCAUUACAUAUUUGCUUCAUUAUGGGGUCACAAAAUAUACACCUUAUUUGGCAUUCUCUUUCUUGCCUUUGUUAUGCUCGUCAUUGUGACUGCUUUCAUCACGGUGUCGCUUGUGUAUUUCCAGCUCGCUCGUGAAGACUAUCGUUGGUGGUGGCGCUCGCUCCUUUGCGGUGGCUCCACUGGCGCCUUCAUAUAUGCCUAUUCGUUCUUCUAUUUCUUCAAUCGCUCAUCGAUGGAUGGCAUGAUCCAAGGAAGUUUCUACUUCGGCUAUAUGGCGGUUAUUUCCUACGCAUUCUUUCUCAUGCUUGGAUCUGUUGGGUUUCACUCGACGCUCGCAUUCGUUUGCCACAUUUACUCUGUCGUCAAGGCAGAUUGAAAACUAGAUGCGCAGCAAGAGCAUGGGCUACCCAUAGAACUGAAGCAAAGCUGCCAUCGAAUUGCAGAAUUGAUGGUAGUUUCAUGCGCUUGAAUUGGCGACCCGAAACUACCCCGCC